CAAUUGAAUAUGAUUCGGCGACGUGCCGGCAGAGGGUGGGCUGGGUGGCGGGCUCGGCUCGGAGGUGGGCGCGGGCGGCGCGGGCGCGGGCGGCGCGGGGGGCGAGGGCGAGGCGUGCGCGCUGGACGCGGCGGGGUUCUCGUUCGUGGGCCGCGUGGUGGCCGAGCUGGAGGCGCGCGGGCUCGAGGAGCAGGGCCUGUACCGCGUGGCGGGCGUGGCGUCGCGCGUGGCCCGGCUGCUGCGCGCGCGCCACCUGCCGCUGCCCGCGCACACGGAGACCAGCACGCUCGCCUCCGCGCUCAAGGCGUACCUGCGCGCGCUGCCCGACCCGCUCCUCACCAGGGACAUGCACAAGCGGUUCAUCGCCGUCGCCAAGUGCGAGCGGCGUUCGGAGCGCGCGGGCGGCGUGCGCGCGCUGGUGGCCGCGCUGCCGCCCGACAACCGGCGCAUGCUGCACCUGCUCAUGCAGCACCUGCGCAACGUGUGCGCGAAGAGCGACAAGAACCUGAUGACGUCAUCGAACCUGGCGGUGUGCUUCGGGCCGACGCUGCUGCGCGCCGAGCGGGAGACGGUCGCCUCCAUCAUGGAGCUCAAGUUCUACAACGUGAUCGUGGAGACGAUGCUCGACCAUUACCACGAGGUGUUCGAGGCGGCGCCGCCCCCCGCCGGCCCCGCCUCCGCCGCAGCCGCCGCAGCCCCCGCCCCGGCCCCAGCCCCAGCCCCGCAGCCCAACACACACAACGGACUGAUCAGGUCAGUACCCAUUCCCGUCCAGGGUCGCAGCUGUCGCUACUUCAACAUUACGAGUACCGCAAGUUGCCGAUGCGCCGGAAUUUUGUAUGAUUGACCCGAAGUGAAGUAGUUCGGA